AUGAUGCGAUCGGCUGAAGAGAAGAAACCACCUAAGGCCGAAAUGAGUUUAGGGGCAGCGUGCGUGUUCUUGCGUGGAGGGAAAAAUCUUGCAAGAACACUGGCUGAUGAUGAGAUCGAUGAACUGCGUGAUGCGUUCAACGAGUUCGAUAAAGACAAGGACGGGCUGAUCAGCUGUAAGGACCUGGGGAACCUGAUGAGGACGAUGGGUUACAUGCCCACGGAGAUGGAGCUGAUUGAGCUGAGCCAAAACAUCAACAUGAACCUUGGUGGCAGAGUGGACUUUGAAGACUUUGUGGAACUGAUGACUCCGAAGCUGCUGGCGGAGACGGCUGGGAUGAUUGGCAUGAAGGAGCUUAAAGACGCCUUUAAGGAGUUUGACAUAGAUGGCGAUGGAGAGAUCACAACAGAAGAGCUGCGGUCCGCCAUGACCAAGCUGAUGGGCGAGCACAUGAGUCGGAGAGAGAUAGACGCCAUCGUGAAAGAAGCGGACGACAACGGAGACGGCACCGUAGACUUUGAAGAGUUCGUCAGAAUGAUGUCCCAUCAAUGA